UCUCUACAGUUUCAACAUGGCCCGGCUGUUCCUGUUGGUUCUGAGUGUAUCUGUUAUAUCAGCUGUCAGAGGAGAAGUGUUUGAAAACUUCAACCAGUGCAACCGUUUUUUCUUUAAAGGAAAACCGGUUCAGGGUCUUGAUAUAGCUAUGAACACCCCCAAACCUCAUGACGGAGUCACCAUCAGUAAAGAGGAGCUUAGAGAGGAGUCUGUAAAGUUGUACCAAGAAAUUUACAAUAUACUACACAAUAACAAUUAUAAAACUGAUUUAUUAAAAGCAUGUUCACAGGACAACAUUAAUGUGUAUACACUGUUAGAGCAUGUUAAAUGUGGAAUUGAUCAAGUUCCAGUAGAAUUAAAUUACAUACAAUCAGCGUUAGAUAUGGUUAUCCAACAAUGUCAAGAUCUAUCAAAUUUAGUAACCAAUGAUAAAUUAAAAGCCAAAUUGGAAACAAUUAUACAAACAUCGAAGGAGGUUAAAGAGAAAAUCCAGGAUUUCAGAAAUAAACCUGAUUCCUUAAAGGAUCCACAAGAAGAUCUAAACAUCUGCCUCUCUGCUUAUGAGGCUGCCAGUCCUGCAUACAUCUGUCAGAAGUAUGGCGACAAACCUGGUGACAACUAUCAAUUUGCCACCCUGUACGACCGAGGCAGAAGGAUCCCUCUCUACUCCGCCUACAAAAUGGACCUGACUGGGAACACUAAAAGGACAGGAGUCAUAAAGUACUAUGAACCCCAGCUUGUGCAUGCUGGUCUAGAUUCUGAGCAGAAAGAUGUCAAGAAAGUUAAAGAAUCAUUAAAAAAGUACAACGGUGACAAAAACUGCAACGCGAAGUACCUUGCUUACCGAGAAAGAUACAAACUUCGCUGGAGCCAAGCAACCGUUGAUGACUUCACUUCCUUUGACCAAGGACACCUGAAUCCUGCUGGUCACCACGCUGAAGGAGAUGGUUCUGAGGCCACCAUGACCUUUACCAACGUGGCACCACAGAGUAAAAAAAUGAACAAUGAGGCCUGGAGCAAAUAUGAAAUCAAUUUGAGGAAGAAUUAUAGAGAUGAAUUAGCAGGAGAUUUAAAUUCAGUGACAUUCAAAAACUGUGAUCAUCUGUACGUAGUGACGGGGGUGGUGCCUGGGAACACAUGGCAGUUUGGGAGAGUUAAUGUUCCUAGUUACUACUGGAGUGCCCACUGCUGUACCAGGAAGGAUGAGGGUCCUAUCCAGUCUGGAGGGGCUGUAUGUCCUAACAGAGAUGAUGGAGAGGUUGAAGAGUUUGACAGCGUAGAUGAACUUGAAGUCAAACUUAAAACAUUAAUUGAAAAGGAACUACAUUUAAAGCUGAAUAAUCCAAUCAAUAUUUUUGAUAAAUGUGUGCCUCAACUAACACGAAGCAAGUCCCUUCCAUCAAUCCCAUCAGACUCGAUAGAUCCAUUGAAACCCAAACGUCCCAAAGAGUAUAAAUAACUCCACCGUUGCCUUCGUGGCCAAUUGAAUCUCAUAAUUUGUAAUAUUUGUAUUGUUCUCCAUCUAGCAAUGACUUUGGUGUUAUAUUUGGUGUUAUAUUUACAUCGUAGUCACUUGGCAGAUGCUCUUAUCCUGAGCAAUAUUUUUAGAUAGCUUUGUGAUACUAUCACACAGUUUAGUAGUGUGUUCUAAUCAAUUUAUUAGUUAUGGGCAAAAGACAGUGUGAAAAAGACCCUACGAAUAAAUAAAAAUAAGACAUACAAAGUUAACAAAAGACAACAGACAGGAGGUUGUGUUCUAAGUAAAGUACUCCAUAAAAGGCAGCUACUACCAUCUAGCUAUCUUAAAAUGAAUACCCUGGCUGUAGGUUGCACUUGAGGACAUUUGAUCUGGUAUUUGGUUGCAUUAAGGUUAGAAUUAAGGCCCAAUCACCUUUUACAUUUAGAAAAAUGUUUACUGUCUUUUAAUUUGUUGUCAUAGAGAAGUGUUAGAGAGCUCACCUUCUGCCUUAAUGAUGAUCUCUGUCAUAUGGCUAAAUUAAAUAGACCAGGACUGUAAACCAAUGUCUGAUGCCUAAUGUUGAUUUCCAAAGCAUAUCUACCUGGAUGCGGAGAACAAUGCAUAGAAAAGAACAAGUGUUGGGUGGGGCCUGUUUAGUCACUAUGUUGUGUCAGACGUCACUUUCUGCUUUUAGUUCACUGUUCACCUGCUAUGAGGACAGUCAAAAUAUCCCUCCAUUAUAGCAUCACAGACCUGAGUGAGGACAUUUUUAUGUACUUUAAUUCUGAUUAUAGACCAGAAACUACAUCACAAUUUAAAUAUUAUUUUAUUUACUUUAUUUAAAGUGUAUUUGGGAAUACAGUUAUGAUGUACCACAGC